AUGGUUGUUUCUGGUCUGUAUAUCUUGGACAACAAGGGCAAAGUCCUUAUCUAUAGAAACUACCGUGGGGAUGUUGAAACCAAUGCUAUUGAAAAGUUUUUGCCCAUUGCUAUGGAACGAGAAGAUGAGGGCAAUUUAAUUCCGGUGCUGCAGUUGGGCGAAAUCACAUUUACCUAUGUGAAGUACAAUUAUUUGUACCUGGUUUGUCUUACUCGAAAGAACGCAAAUAUCGCCUUGGCUCUGUCUUUCCUUUACAAGCUCAUAAAUAUAUUCCUUGAAUACUUCGGUGAGUUUGAAGAGGAGAGCAUCCGCGAUAAUUUCGUUAUCACUUACGAGCUGCUGGAUGAAAUCAUGGACUUCGGAUACCCACAGACAACGGACACAAAAAUAUUGCAAGAAUACAUCACUCAACAAAGCCAUAAAUUAGAAGUUGCACCUCGUCCUCCGAUGGCUGUCACGAACGCAGUUUCUUGGCGUUCUGAAAAUUUGAAGUAUCGAAAAAAUGAAGUCUUUUUGGAUGUAGUUGAAUCUGUCAACCUUCUGGUUAGCUCUACAGGGAAUGUGUUACGGAGCGAAAUAGUUGGCAGUAUAAAACUCCGUGUGUACCUAUCUGGUAUGCCAGAAUUACGACUAGGUCUUAACGAUAAACUACGAUUUGAGAAUACUGGGAGUAAGAUUGGCAAAUCAGUGGAACUGGAAGAUGUGAAGUUCCAUCAGUGUGUACGCUUAUCGCGCUUCGAAAACGACCGUACAAUAUCUUUUAUUCCUCCAGAUGGCGAGUUCGAGCUGAUGUCUUACAGACUGAACACCGGUUUAUUCUCUAUCACCGGGAUGCUUUGGAUCCUAUGGUCCAAGGUGCGAGCCCGCCCACCGCCACCCAACGGCAGCAGUAAGCAGCUACACCGUAGUCGGUUUAAUUACAGGAUUGACCUUGUGGAUCCUUAUAUGGCUCAGCACUCCGUCUCCGGGCUGCGGUUGCCUGUUUUUACCACUGAACCGCAGGUCUUCAUGACUACAGAGUUCACCGCUUCUGCUGUUCACCAUACGUGUGUAAUUCGGAUGCGAACAUCUACAAAGCUGCUCAUCACAGCUGGUAGCUCUGUUGGGGUUCAAACUUAG